GCGAACCAUGAAUGAAUGCAUUGCAAAGCUACAGCUUCUAUCGCUAUCCCGCGUCGUCACCGUACGCUGCAUGUGCUCAGGUGUACAUAUGACAUAGUGGUAUGUUACGGAUGUAUCGUAAUGCCGCAUGUCCAUGCGAUGCGCGAACGACACAUUUGUUGGUCCUCUGGAGCAUAGGCGACCACGGGCUAGUGCCUCGAGAAUAUAUGUCCACGUCUAUAUCGUCUCGCCCACCGCGCACGCCACACCCUAUGACUCGUCCUACGUCGCCGUGAUCCUGGCUUCCGCCGCAACCUUCCCUGUUCGACUGCUCUUCCACCCACCUCUCCACUCCCUGCAAGGACCCCCUAGCACCUUGGCCCCUCUGGGGUUCUUCCUCCCCUCUCCACACGGUGCGCACAGGUAGCAGUGCUCGACAUACGUGUGGUGUGCCGAUGAUCAAUGUAUAAUGGAUGCCGAUGGCGAACUACGGGCGAUGGAUAGAUGGAUGGUGGAAUACCUCGCUCACACUCAUGGCGGGAGGCUAUGGUGUGGGCGAUAUAGUGUCCGUGGUAGAUAACGUAAACAUGAGUGCGGCCUUAAGCGGGAGACGACGGAGGGGCGCUUGAUAAGGAGUAGCAGAGAGCAGACAACGGCGCUGUUCUGUGAGACGAGACGAGAGCAUGAUAAGAGAGCAUGAUGAUGUAUAGCAUGAUGAAUAGGGGCGCGCCUGGCGCGAGCAAGGAAAGAAAAUAAUGAUACAGGUGUGAACGCCGUUACGCGCUCAUCACGGCGGCGGGCUGCUUUCGGCGGAUGCUAUGGGAGGAGGCAUCCUUUGAUGCGAUGGAGGGCUCGCGCGGCUGGGAGGCGGCGUCGUUGCGGACCUUGCGCUUCUCGACGGAGGCGCGCCAGGUGUUGAGCUGGUUGAGGGUGUGCUCUGCGAGCUGGCGGGAGUACUCGAGGACGUCUUUCUCGUUUGCGGGGGCCAUUAUUAUGCGGGGGCUGGACGGGUGGCUGG